GCCUUUACAUCUCAAAGAACUCAACAACCGAAUUCUUUGUCCGGGCAACAGCGCCAACGGCGCAAAUCUAACUACAUCACCACCCACACCAGACGGCAUUGACGAGACACCACCUACUAUGAGAUAAAUCUAGAUUCCCUUCACACCAAACAACCGCCAAGACAUGUCAAUAAGCGACCAUCCCCGUGUCUACGGCACGGUAGCUCUCACAGCCGCCUUCGCCGCGGGUAUCCUCGUCACCCUUGGCUUCAAGGAUUGCUACCCCGAACUCGAGAAUCGGUACCAACGGCGGAGGAACCGCAACCUAAGCCGAUCCAAUGGCGAUUAUGGCGUCGUAGUACCCACCGCCAACCGGGUACACCGCGAGAGUCUCAUCUUCGGUCCGGUGCGACUAGAAGACCACGAGGAAGUAACAAGCAAUAUCAACAGCAGUUUCGACUGGGUCGAGGGCAUCGAGGGCUGCAUCGGCAACACCCCCUUAGUCAUGAUCCGCAGCCUGUCCGAGGCAACAGGCUGUGUCAUCCUCGCCAAAGCCGAGCUUCUCAAUGGCGCCGGUGGCAGCCCCAAAGACCGAGUGGCACUCAACAUGAUCCAGGACGCCGAGGAGCGCGGGCUGCUUGUGCCCGGGCGCGGCGAUACCAUUUACGAAGGGACUGUGGGCAGUACGGGCAUCUCGCUGGCGACGCUGGCGCGCGCAAAGGGGUACAAGUGCCACAUUUGCAUGCCGAACGACAUGGCGAUCGAGAAGUCGCAGCUGCUGCACCACCUGGGCGCGACGGUGGAGCGGGUCAACCCGGCGCCCAUCACGUCUCCUGAUCAUUUUGUCAACCUAGCCCGCAGGCGGGCGCGCGAGCACGAGGCGGUGCACGCGGACGGCAGCGUCGGUUUUUUUGCUGACCAGUUCGAGAGCACGGCCAACUACCAAGCACAUGUCAAGACCACGGGACCGGAAAUCUACCGCCAGACGGGCGGGCAGCUGGACGCCUUUGUGGCUGGUGCCGGCACGGGCGGCACUAUCGCCGGCGUGGCCAAGUACCUGAAGGAGGUAAAGAACCUAUGGGAGACGCGCGUGGUAUUGGCGGACCCGCAGGGCAGCGGGCUGUUCAACAAGAUCCGCCACGGCGUCAUGUACUCGUCGACGGAGCGGGAAGGUACACGGCGGCGUCAGCAGGUGGACACGAUGGUGGAGGGUAUCGGCAUCAACCGCAUCACGGAGAACUUUGAGUCCGGGCGGGUGCUGAUUGACGAUGCCGUGCGAGUGACAGAUGAGCAGGCCUGCCGGAUGGCUCGGUGGUUGGUGGAGCACGACGGCAUUUUUUGCGGCAGCAGCACGGCUGUCAACUGCGUGGCGGCGGUGGUGACAGCCAUGAAACUACCCAGAGGCAGUCGGGUGGUGACGUUAUUGUGCGACUCGGGCAAUAGACAUCUCAGCAAGUUCUGGAAGCAUAUUGGCGAUAUGGGGCUGGAAAACGAUACCCAGGCGCAAGCGGAGGAUCUUUUUGCGGAGUUGGGGCUAGAGGAAUUGAAGAGGUAGGAAUUGAGACGGACUGAACAACGUAAAUAUUGUGCCUGCUGAGUCAGGCUCGCUGAGUUCGCUGCUGUCAUCAAACAUGUGACAUGCUCUAAUCGUAUCUCAUCCGAGAGUCCAACAGGUCCACAAAGAAAGGUUUGUUGAGCCAUAUUGGCUAUAUGGCCUCUUAACGGUUAUAUUACUGCUAAUGCGUGGUGGGAGGUCCAAGUAGGUCGUUGCCCGUCUCAAUAUCUACCUCUUUCCAAGUCAUGAAGUAGCUAGUGAUUCAUCGCUCACCUCUUCGCUGGGGUAUAAAAAUAAUAAGAAAAGUUAGAUGAUCCAUACUCC